UUCCUUGGGCCGCGCACCCCCUCCUCCCACCUCUAUCCUUCCCCCACCCGUUUUGUGUGCCCCUCCCGCUGCGACUGGCUGGGCGGCUAGGUCGCCCCCGCCCCAAGAGGGAGGCGGGGGCGCCAGCCGCGGCGGUCACCCGAGGCUGCAGAGGGAAACGAGAUCCGAGGCCCCGAGGCGGCCCUGCAUCUGGACCCGACCCGCGGGGGCUGCUUCUGCACCCCCAGCUCAGGGCCGCCGGGCCUGGCCUCGCCGCGGGUGAAGGAGUUUCCUCCUCGCCUCUGGCUGCAGGCACCCUGAGCCUUCUUGAUUCCGCAGGGGGGCUCACCCGUGGCCCCCCAUGAGCGCGCCCGGCUGAGCGCUCGGGGGGUGGGCAGCGGGGCCAUGGCUUCUCUGGACUUGCCUUACCGCUGCCCACGCUGCGGGGAGCACAAGCGCUUCCGAAGCCUGUCUUCGCUGCGCGCACACCUGGAGUACAGCCACACCUACGAGACGCUCUACAUCCUCUCCAAGACCAACAGCAUCUGCGACGGCGCGGCGGCCGCAGCCGCCGCAGCCGCGGCCUCUGGCUUCCCGCUGGCUCCGGAGCCCGCCGCCCUGCUGGCAGUGCCGGGCGCUCGGCGCGAAGUCUUCGAGAGCACGUCCUUCCAGGGCAAGGAGCAGGCGGCGGGGUCGUCGCCCGCAGCGCCACACCUGCUGCACCACCAUCACCACCACGCGCCCCUCACCCAUUUCCCCAGCGACCUGGUGCCCGCCAGCCUGCCCUGCGAGGAGCUGGGCGAGCCGGGCCUGGUGCCCACAGCCGCCGCCCGCUACGCGCUGCGGGAGAUCGAGAUCCCGCUGGGGGAGCUGUUCGCCCGCAAGUCCGUAGCCUCGUCCGCGUGCUCGACUCCCCCGCCGGGGCCAGGACCUGGCUCCUGCUCUGGGCCUGUCUCCGCCUCGCCAGCUUCCCCCUCGCCAGCCGAUGUGGCUUACGAGGAGGGCCUGGCGCGUCUGAAGAUCCGCGCGCUGGAGAAGCUGGAGGUGGACCGGCGGCUGGAGCGGCUGAGCGAGGAGGUGGAGCAGAAGAUCGCGGGCCAGGUAGGCCGGCUGCAGGCAGAGCUGGAGCGCAAGGCAGCAGAGCUGGAGACAGCGCGGCAGGAGAGCGCACGCCUAGGGCGCGAGAAGGAGGAGCUGGAGGAGCGAGCCUCUGAGCUCUCCCGUCAGGUGGAUGUGAGUGUGGAGCUACUGGCCUCGCUCAAGCAGGACCUGGUGCACAAGGAGCAGGAGCUGAGCCGAAAGCAGCAGGAGGUGGUGCAGAUUGACCAGUUUCUGAAGGAGACGGCGGCACGGGAGGCCAGCGCCAAGCUGCGGCUGCAGCAGUUCAUUGAGGAACUCCUGGAGCGGGCUGACCGCGCCGAGCGGCAAUUGCAGGUUAUCAGCAGCAGCUGUGGCAGCACACCUAGUGCCAGCCUGGGCCGUGGAGGCGGCGCCAGUGGUGCUGGGCCUGGUGGUCGGGGCCCAGGGAGAAUGCGAGAACACCACGCGGGCUCGGCCAUGCCUAGUACAUAUGCAGUGUCACGGCAUGGCUCCUCUCCCAGCACAGGGGCCUCCAGCCGCGUCCCUGCUGCAUCCCAGAGCUCAGGCUGCUAUGACAGUGACAGCCUGGAGCUGCCCCGGGCAGAAGAGGGGACUCCUGAAGACAGUGGCCCUGGGGGACUGGGCACUCGGGCUCAGGCUGCCAAUGGCAGCUCAGAGCGGGCCCAGCCCCCUCGCAGCUCAGGCCUGAGGCGCCAGGCCAUCCAGAACUGGCAACGCAGACCCCGUCGGCACAGCACGGAGGGGGAGGAGGGUGACGUCUCGGAUGUGGGUUCCCGAACCACUGAGUCUGAGGCUGAGGGUCCCUCGGAUACCCCCCGUUCAGGGCCUGCUAUGGCUGGACCAUUGAGCAGCUGCCGGCUCUCAGCCCGCUCUGAAGGAGGUAGUGGGCGAGGUCGGAGAGCUGAGAGGGGCAGCCCCUCCCGCUCCAACGAGGUCAUCAGUGCAGAGAUCCUCAAGAUGCGCGCCGCCCUGUUCUGCAUCUUCACCUACCUGGACACGCGCACACUACUGCAUGCUGCUGAGGUCUGCCGGGAUUGGCGCUUCGUGGCCCGCCAUCCCGCCGUCUGGACACGAGUGCUACUUGAGAAUGCCCGGGUCUGUUCCAAGUUCCUGGCAAUGCUGGCCCAGUGGUGCACCCAGGCCCACUCACUGACACUGCAGAACCUGAAGCCCCGGCAGCGGGGCAAGAAGGAGAGCAAGGAAGAGUAUGCCCGGAGCACCCGGGGCUGCCUGGAAGCAGGGCUGGAGUCCCUGCUGAAGGCAGCAGGGGGGAAUCUGCUGAUUCUACGCAUCUCCCACUGUCCCAACAUCCUCACUGACCGCUCACUCUGGCUGGCCAGCUGCUACUGCCGUGCCCUGCAGGCUGUCACCUACAGCAGGAGUGCCACAGACCCUGUGGGCCAUGAAGUCAUUUGGGCGCUGGGUGCAGGCUGCAGAGAGAUCGUCUCCCUCCAGGUGGCGCCACUUCACCCCUGCCAGCAGCCCACACGCUUCAGUAACCGCUGCCUGCAGAUGAUUGGUCGCUGUUGGCCCCACCUCCGGGCCCUGGGGGUUGGGGGUGCUGGCUGCGGGGUGCAGGGCCUGGCAUCACUUGCGAGAAACUGCAUGAGGCUGCAGGUCCUGGAGCUGGACCACGUAUCAGAGAUCACCCAGGAGGUGGCAGCAGAGGUCUGCCGGGAAGGCCUGAAGGGACUGGAGAUGCUGGUGCUCACAGCCACCCCUGUCACCCCCAAGGCCCUGCUGCAUUUCAACAGCAUUUGUCGGAACCUCAAGUCCAUUGUGGUCCAGAUUGGGAUUGCCGACUAUUUUAAGGAACCCAGUAGUCCUGAAGCCCAGAAGCUGUUUGAAGAUAUGGUAACAAAACUCCAGGCCCUGCGUCGGAGGCCCGGCUUCUCUAAGAUACUGCACAUCAAGGUGGAAAGUGGCUGCUAACCCGGGUGGGGGGCGGCAGGGUCACUGCCAGCCCCACACCAAGACACAUUCUUUGGACCUCCAGAGGGACUCUGAUUUGGACUAUAGACCUUCAGAGAGCUGCUAUUAUCCUUGGCUUUUAGGGAGAGGUAGAUAGUUCCGUGGCCUCUGGAGCAACAGACAUGACCUUGGGCACAGCCUUUCCAGGCCAGGGGCUCAGACGGAAGCUACCCUGACCUUCACCCCUUCCCUAGGUGGGGCAGCCUAUGGACAUGACACAGCCAGCAAGGAGCUAAGUCGCCACCAGCACUGGUGUCAUCGCUUCUAGGAUCUGCAGUAGCCACCCAGUGGCUUCCCAGUAAUAGUCUGCUUAGGCCACUGUCCUGUCAGAAACCUCUUCUGAUCCCCAUCCAGAGGGGGUUCUAGAAGGCAGUUCACAUUUGGCAAGGAGAGUUCCUCUUCGUCCUCUGCUUCUGUGGGGGGACACUUCAGAUACUUACCUGCACUCUGGUCCACAUUUGCUAGGGGUAACACAGACAGGUGUAGGGGUCUAGGCCUGUGGGGUUGCAGGACAGUGAGCUAAUGGCAGAGGGUUUGGGGAAGGCAAAACCUACAACUUCUUCCUGGGAUGUUGAAACCACCCCUCCUGAAGGGAGGAAAUUUCCAGGUAAAAGAAAAUUUAAAGUUUCUAUUGCUGUAGAAAAGACAAGAUCCCUGCCCAUCCACCACAUACCCUGAGACACCCCAAAGCUAAGUUCAGAACUAAAAGGCGCAUGUUCUUAUACCUGCCAUCAGUCCCAGUCUCUGGAGGGGUUAGGUCCCCAGCCUGGGAAGUGUCAGCAAUGGAGAAGCAGCUUUUGUCUUCAAGCAAUGUCUCUUAAAAAAAAAAAAAAAAAUUAUAUAUAUAUAUAUGGCAGCCAGAAAUUGAGAGGGAAGGGAGAGAUAAAGGGAGACAGAGACACCUGCAGACAUACUUCACCACUCAUGAAGCUUCCCCCUGCCCCCACAGGUGGAGGCUGGGGGCUGUACCCAGGUCCUUGUACACUGUAACGUGUGUUCAGCCAGGUGUGCCAACACCCAGCCCCCAAGCAAUGUCUCUUUAAUCCACAGGGUUUGGGUUUGGGCUGUCAUGAGCUGAGGCAGGGCAGAGGUAUGGAGGGUGGUUUGUUUUGUUUGAAGAUGUAAGUGGGUAAGAAGUCAAACCUAUGGGGCCAAGAAAGAGGAAGUAGAGCCUGGUCAGCCUGCCCCUUCUCAGUCUCUGCUGGACCCAUGGGCUAAGGUCUGUGUUGGGGUCUAAGCCGGAGCAACUUACAGGAGCUUCAAAAUGCAAGUGGAGGUUUUCCACUGAUCUUACCCUCCAGAUCCAGCAUGAAGCUCCUAAGACUUAGGUCUCCCCAUUUUUUCCUCUCAGGACUUCCACAGUGGCACAGACUGGGUCCUGCCAACAUUUAUUUAGAAAAUUAUUUAAAAUACUAACCUAGAUUUGUCUUAGGUUUUCUUUCUGUGUAGGAUCAGCUCUUGGUUCUAACCAUUAGACCCUAACUUAGGUCUUCCAGUUUCUCAGUUUUUUCCAGGGACCCAAAUUUUUGCCACAACCUGAAUUGGACAUCAAGAAUAAGCCUUAGAUUACCCACUGAGUCCUCCAGAGCUAGGCCCCCACAAGCUCAGUGGUGCACCCAGCUCCAUACCAAGCUGUCUUGACUCUUCAAAAAAUUUUUUCUUUCUGGACUCCAAAUGCAGAGGACACCAUUUUGGCAAAACCCUGACCAGUCCUGCAGGAAGCUUUGGCUGUUUUGCACUCCUACUCCCUACCCCAGAGCAGCUGGCUCCUGCUUCCCUAGCUCAGACCCCAGGAGUCACAGGAAGGAGAAGCACAAUUUUUCUCUAUCCUCCAAAGGCCUGGGAGGGAGGUAGAGGUUCAUUCACUCAGGACCUGGCUGCCCUGGACAUGUAUGGCUUGCUUGCCAAGUGUACCCUAUAUAGCCCCUGCUUCCUGCCAUCCCUGGACCUGCAGUGCCGUCUUCCUGUCUCCUGGACAAAGCACAAAGGAAUACCUGAGCACUAGCCUGAGCUUGUCUACUGAGGAUCCUUUUGUCCCAGGAAGCCCAUUAUUGAAUAUUAAGGCUUUUGGCAAUACCUCCCUGGGUGGGUAUGCCCACUGGAAGCCCUGGCACCAGCACUGGGAAAGGAAGUAUGGGUGCGUGGGCAGUGAUUUCAAACAGGAGAGGUAGUGCUGAGAGUUCGGAUGCUACCAGGCUCCAAAACUCAUUCACACAUCAGCACCGAGCAAAGCAUCACCAGGAGGACAAAAGGAGCAAAAAGCCCCUCCUUUAGGUGAGAAGUUUGCUUCUCAUGACUGUUUUCUAGAAUCUCACCAUGCCUCCUACCCCUUAUUCUUCAGCUGAGUGUGUGAAGUAUGGGAGUGCAACUUGCACACCUCUCCCUAGGGCUGACACUUGCGGCCUUCAUGCAUGCCUUCAAAACUGGAUGGCUUGCCAGACCCUCCUGUUAUUCCUAUGCUUCUCGUCAGGGGGGAUGAACCCUGAUUCUGAGUGGGGAGCUUGUGUUUGCUAGAGUGCUCCACUUAUUCACCACUUUAGCAAUCAUACAGCUAGGGCUGAGGACAGGGAACAGGGAUGGAAGCACCUUGUCUUUGACUUAAAGGAAAAUCCUCUGCCACGUCCUAUCUAAUAAGAGGCAAAGAAAGGAAUAUCGGCAAGCCACAGCAGGCCUGAUAGGGGUCCUAGGCAUGUGUAGAGGUCCCAUGGGUGCUGGCUGCUUGGUGGCUCUACUACCUCCCUUACUCUACAGCCUCUCCCCAGCAUCUGGCAGGGUCAGCAUAUUCAGCUUGAGUGCUUCACGCUUUGUUCAGGCUGCCUUUCCAUAGCACUGGCAGAAAACAAAGGAGAUGCACAAAUAGACAAAUCUGGAUCCCUCUAAGGGAGAGGGCUGGUCAAACCAUAGUUUCUUACUGGCUAGGGGGAACCGUGAACCAAGAACCAAGGCAGCUCAUGUUUACCUAGUCCAGUGAGAGUGGAGUUUGAGCCAGCUCAAGAAUUCCUGCCCACAUAAGGAAAAACAAAACAAAAUAUUGCAGGUUGCUUUAUGGUUUGGCUUCAUUCUUUGCCUUUGGAUCCUGCCUGUUCCCCUGAUCCUGGUCUCUAAUCUUUGGGCCAUGGGUGGGGAAUUGCCCAGAUCCCAGACUUUUUAAGGCACUAAGUUGAAAAUCUUCCCAAACUACUGGUGCCCAAGACCCAGUUCCUGGUGAACUUGCAGUGGAAACAAUAGAAAUAGAGGACCCAAAUAACCAGUCAACUUAAACUGAUGAGAUCUAUUCCUGCCUGCCAGUCCCUGGUGAGUGUAACUACCUUCACCCCUUGGGGCCUGGCACCUCUAUUACCCCUGGUGUCCAUGCUUUCUCACCCAGCCUUGCCCUGGGCCUGCAUUUCUGUAUAUAUUGCUGUGUAUUGUGUGUAUGUAUGUAUUCCCGGACAAGUGUUUUCAUCUGUAGCCCUUGCCUGAGGAUAAGGUUUAAGAUUGGGUGAAGAUCAGAAUACCAGGGCCAACUAAGGCAACUAGCUCCUAUUCUUUUUCCAAUCCUUGGGACUCUUGUCAGUCUCAAGACUGCCCUGACAAUCAGGCAGGCUUCCCCACUAUGAGUCCCAGCCUCCCCUGCCACUGCUGGCAUGGCCCCAGGGAGGCUAGACCUUGGGAGCACCCAGUCUGCUCUGGCAGGGGUCUUAUAAUCAGGUGCAGAGGUUCAAGAUGAUUUAGGCAUACUCUGUCUAGCACCAGUUGGCUUGGCUCUAGUGGGUACUGCUGAAGGGGACCUACCUCCACAGGUGGCCCCCAGAUCCUACCUUCCCUGUAUAGCCAGGUUACAAUAGGCCUGAGCAACGAGAAGGCAGCGAUCCCUCACCCCAAGCACAUCAGGCAGAGGGGUGGAGAACAUCUUUUUUUUUUUUUUUUAAUUUUGUUUCUGAAGUGGUGCCUGUACCUCCAGCCCCCAGGGGGCCUUCCCUGGCCCCACUUCUCUCCCACCUAGGCAUCACCAUCCCAGCACUUUGCUUCAUGUCACCCAUAGAUGCCCUUUGCUGAAUGUACCUAAGUGUAUGAAUUUAAAGGACUCACAUGGGCAUCAGGGAAUUUAUGGCUUUGUAUCAAUCAAAUAAAAGAUGGUGAAACUGGACUAUCUGCCUUGGGGAAAUAAAUAUUAAGUGGCUAUA